AUGAAUGAUAAUAAUAAUAUAGAUUCAUUCGAUGAGAGUUGCUGGCGUGACUUUGAUUACAGGAGUCUCUUGAACGAAGUCCCAACCAUUGAUCUUCACUGGAAUCCUGAAUUGCAGCCCCAAUGUGGCACAAGUGUGGGAAUCGAUGUCUCGGGUUGUGGAGGGGCAUCACAGGUAGGCGAAGAUGCUAUGAAAGAAUGUCCAAGAAAGAGGGGGCGGAAUGAUGCAUUCAGUGCAGUGGGAAGUAAAGCCUGCCGUGAGAAAAUGAGGAGAGAAAAAUUGAAUGACAGGUUCUCAGAAUUGUGCUCUUUGUUGGAACCUGAUAGACCUGUGAAAACUGACAAAUUGGCUAUACUUGGUGAUGCCAUCAGAGUUCUAAAUGAGCUGAAGUCUGAAUCUCAGGAAUACGAAGAGAUGAACGAAAAGCUUUUGGAAGAGAUCAAAACGUUGAAGGUAGAGAAGAAUGAACUUCGUGAAGAGAAACUUGUUCUUAAGUCGGAUAAAGAAAGGAUUGAGCAGCAGUUGAAAGCUACGACUGUUUCGCCUUCUGGGUUUGUGCCAGCUCAUCCACCAGUAUAUCAGGCUGGAGCGAACAAGAUAGCAAUGUUUCCUGGCUACAAUUUUGUUCCAAUGUGGCAGUAUCAUCCUCCAUCUACCGAUGAUACAUCUCAAGAUCAUAAGAACAUUGGUCGUGCUGCUUGA